UGCUCACAUGGCACAAAUGUAAUUGAGAAGCAUUUGCUAAGGCUUCAACUUCAUAGUGAUAUUCAUAGUGAUUCUUCUUGGCUGAUAAACAUUUUUUGGCAGAGAUGUACAACAACAAUUACACUCGGCCCAAGGUGGCACUGAAGGCUCAGGACAUUCGCAGAUCGAAGGGAAAAGGAUGUGGUUAUUACCUACGCAUCAUCUUCUUCUUCUCUUCACUGAUACAGUCUCUGAUCAUCGUGAGCCUGGUGCUCUUCUUAGUGUACGGACAGCCAGAGAAGAGUGCUGACGAGAAGAGGGUGGAGGAGCUGGAGCAGAGUUUCAACAAGCUCUCGUUGGACAACACCAAGCUGAGGAAGGAGAAAGCUGACCUCACUGCCGCACUUAAGACCAAGACGGCAGAGAAGGACGCAGCUGAUAAAAAAGUGGUGAAACUUACAGCAGAGUUGGAUGCUGCCAAAGGAAAUAACACAAAACUUUUGCAAACACUAGCUAGUUGUAAUGCAAAUAAGAUGCCUCUACUUCGGAAUAUAGCCCCAUGUCCAGCAAACGGUGCUACAAGUGAACACAUAAGAACCUUACAGACUCUCUUGGACCAGCAGAAGUCUCUGUAUGUAAUUCUCCAGACCAAUUUCAGUCAAACGGUGCAAAACCUGAAGUUCGACUUAGACAGUGCGAUAAAAGAUAAAAAUAAGCACGAGAUUGCCAUGAUAAAACUGAAACAAGAAAAGGACGACCUGACUUCUGAACUUCAACUGUACAAAAAGAAGUGCAAGGAAGACUUUGUGAUGUCGCUGAAGGGCAUCCAGGAUGUCACGACUGCUUUCCUCACCAAGAUUGACAACCUCUUCCCUGACACUUUUACUUUCCAUCUUACUUGUUCAAAGCAACAAGAACAAAUGCAGAAGAUCCAUGCAAACUGCACAAACCUUUCCCGGCAAGUAGAAGACAAGUUCCAGAACUACCUGAACUCAGUUGGCGACAAAGUCUCAACCCUUCAGGCACAGAGCAGCCGACUGGAAGUUGAAAACAAACGCGUAACUUCUGAAAUUCAGAAGUGCAGCCAGAGUCGUGCUGAGGAAGCCGAGCAGUGCACAAAGCGUCUUCAGGAGGCCCAGCAAAUGACGGACAGACUGGUGGAGCCACUGCUGAACGACAAGAAACAACUGCUCCAGGAAAAGCAGCUGCUGCAAGCUACAUGUUUACCAAAGCCCCCUAUGCCAAAACCGAAUGGACUGGAUUCUCACAUGAUUUUCGGACAGCAGAGUCGGACAGGACAGAUGAGUUUCCCUGGAUCAUACACUGCAGUCCAAAGCAGGCCAGGCAGCAGUCAACCACCAAAGACCAGGUGAGGCGUGAGGAGCGAGUGACACAAAGUAUACCUGGUCUCCAGUCCAGUCUCAGAAGAACAGCUCAAAAUUUGUGAUUUUGAGGUUCUAACUUUCAUGAGCUUAAGGUGAACUGCAAAAGUAUUUGAACUGUAGGCAUUAAUAAUACCUGUGACUGUGACAGUAUUAAUCGGUUGUAAAAACUCAGUUGUACAUGAAUGUAUUGUCAGUUCUUAAACAACUGCAUGUCAAACAUGACGGUAACUAUUUUGUGAAAAAUAAUAAAAUAAUAAUUUUUAAAAAUGUAUAGUCUCUCAGGGAAGUGUGGAAAUGGCCAUGACUACUUUUUAAAUCAGGCCAAAUAAACUUCACUGUGAACUUUACAAAAGAAUGUUAAAUUAAUAGCAAGCUUUAUUUGUCAAUUAAACUGUUUAAUAAUUACUGUUGUUAACAAUGCAAGCUUACCAUUUAGCCUUACAUAUCCUGCAAAGGCUGGGGUAAAGGCAAUCUAAACAGGAGCCAAUUACACAUGUUGUACUGUACAUAUUUUCUUGAUAUUAAAAUAUUUAAAUUUGUAUUUUA